UCCAAGUCCCAGCGUUGGAAGAGAGGAUCUGCUCCCCAUUGCAAGAGGCGCGGAGCUCAGGGGCGAAGAAACGCCGAGCGCGCGGUUUUCACAGGGGUCGGUGUUCCUGCUUGGGAACUCUCGUAGAGUCUUGCCGGCAAAUGGGCGCUUAAGGAAGGAGAGCGGGGAAAUGGACUGCUAUUUGCGUCGCCUCAAACAGGAGCUGAUGUCCAUGAAGGAGGUGGGUGAUGGCUUACAGGAUCAGAUGAACUGCAUGAUGGGUGCUCUGCAAGAACUGAAACUCCUGCAGGUGCAGACAGCAUUGGAACAAUUGGAGAUCUCUGGAGGGGAUCCUGUCCCAGGCUUCCCAGAAAGCCCCCCGACCCAGUCUAAGCACCUUCACUGGGAGGGUGGCAGGGGUCCUGCCAGACCUGGAUCCUGCUCCCCAUCCAGCCAACCUUCUCCCGGCAGCAGCACCAAAUUUCCAUACCAUAGGAGUAUCUGCGUUAGGGAUCUCGCCCCCUUGCCCAGGACACAGCUGCCCAAGCACCAAAGCUGUGCCCAGCAGGGGCCAGAGCAAGUGGAACCAGAUGACUGGACCUCCACAUUGAUGUCGCGGGGCAGGAAUCGGCAGCCUCUGGUGUUAGGGGACAAUGUGUUUGCAGACCUGGUGGGCAACUGGCUCGACCUGCCAGAACUGGAGAAGGUCGGGGAGAAGGAUGAGCCCGAGAGGGAAGAAGAGCACAAAGGAGACAAAGGCCGGCCUCGGGAGCUGGGCCACAAAUUUGCCCUCACAGCAAACAUCUUUAGGAAGUUUUUGCGCAGUGUGAGGCCCGACCGUGACCGGCUGCUGAAGGAGAAGCCAGGCUGGGUGACACCCAUGGUCUCCGAGUCGAGAGCAGGACGUUCUCAGAAGGUCAAGAAGCGGAGCCAUUCCAAGGGCUCUGGACGUUUCUUCUUCCCGAGUACAGGGGAGUCCAGACAAGGGGAGACUCCCCCGACGAGUAGCCCCAAGGCCAUGGAUCCCUCUCCCACGGGUUUUGAUAUUAACACAGCUGUUUGGGUCUGAACA